UGUGCUCUUCGCCGUCCUUUCGUGCUGUCGUUUGCCAUAACGGACGGGACGGCCUCUAUCGAGACAAUUAUUUUAUUAAUGAUAUGAUAUUUUUAACUAUAUCCAUUCAAUAAUUGCUGCUGGCUGCUCUCCUCAUAAAGAUAAAAUGUUUAUAUAUAUGCUGCAUAUAUACAUAAAACGUCGUCCAAAACGAAAAGAAAAGUGAAGAGGUUAGAGAAAAAAUGGAAAUGUAAAAGUGAAAUGAAAUGAAAUAAAAGAAUUAGAAUGAAAUGCGCUAAAUUAACGACGAAUGUGAAUCUCUUCUUCGAUUUAACAUAGCACAAAUUUCAUUGCACAAAUCUAAUCGACUGUACCUAAAGCUUCUGAAAGACACAAAACAAAGAAUAGACACAAAACCGGGGGACCUUGGGGAGGAAGACUACAUAGAUUACUACACAUUACUUUGCAACAUUUUGACUACUACUGGCACGAAAGCGAAAGACAAACAACAAGGCAGACAGGCAGCAGCAGGAUAUAAAGCAACAACAAGAAAAGCAAAGAGAAGCUACGCUUACAAUAUACUAAGCAAAACAACAACUACCAAACUGGCUAACUAAACCGAGCAAUAUUUAAGAAAACUUUCCGAGGCCAGAGCAGCUUUAUUUAGACUGGCUCAAAACGAAGAAAACGGGGGCGCCGAGUCUCCCGACGGUACACAAGAAGGUAGAGAAGCGUGCUGGUGGAUUCCUUGGUCUGCAAUGGGCUGCUUUGGUUCACCCAGCUCCAAGCAAUCCGACAUAAAUUCCGAAGACACGAGGAGCCAGAAACGACGCAGCGAUGCAAUUUCCAAACAACUACAAAAGGACAAACAGCUCUAUAGGGCCACCCAUAGACUUUUGUUGCUAGGAGCUGGUGAAUCUGGGAAAUCGACAAUUGUCAAGCAGAUGCGUAUAUUGCACGUGGAUGGAUUUUCGGAGCAGGAGAAAAAACAAAAAAUCGACGACAUCAAAAAGAAUAUCCGUGAUGCUAUCUUGACUAUUACUGGUGCAAUGAGCACAUUGAAUCCACCUAUACCUUUAGAGAAGAAGGAGAACGAGAUCCGAGUCGAGUACAUACAGGAUUAUGCUUCGAGUCCUGAUUUCAACUAUCCUCCUGAAUUUUAUGAGCACACAGAAGAAUUGUGGAAGGAUAGAGGUGUAUUGGCGACUUAUGAAAGAUCAAAUGAAUAUCAAUUAAUUGAUUGUGCAAAGUACUUUCUGGAUCGAGUAAGCAUAAUAAAACAACCCAACUACACACCUAAUGAACAGGAUAUAUUGCGGUGUCGUGUACUAACUUCUGGUAUUUUUGAAACAAGAUUUCAAGUUGACAAAGUCAAUUUUCACAUGUUUGAUGUGGGAGGCCAAAGGGACGAACGUCGAAAGUGGAUACAAUGCUUUAAUGACGUUACUGCAAUUAUAUUUGUGACCGCAUGUUCUAGCUAUAAUAUGGUUUUACGUGAGGAUCCAACACAAAAUCGAUUACGGGAAUCCUUGGAAUUAUUUAAAAGCAUUUGGAAUAAUAGAUGGUUGCGCACAAUAUCUGUUAUUCUAUUUCUCAACAAACAAGAUUUGUUAGCUGAAAAAAUAAAAGCUGGAAAAAGCAAACUCUCGGAUUAUUUUGCCGAGUUCAAUAAAUAUCAAACACCAAGUGAUGCAAUAAUCGAGUCCGGAGAUGAUCCUGAAGUCAUAAGAGCUAAGUAUUUCAUACGUGAUGAGUUUUUGCGUAUCUCUACUGCUAGUGGUGAUGGGAAACAUUAUUGCUAUCCCCAUUUUACAUGUGCUGUAGAUACUGAGAAUAUCAAGCGAGUAUUCAAUGAUUGUCGAGACAUAAUUCAAAGAAUGCACCUUCGUCAGUAUGAAUUGUUAUAGGUUUAUUCUACAAAAAUCACUUAAUAAAGUAAUGUGCAAAUAAUAAUACAACUAACCAAA